CCUAGACUCAAAUUGACUUCACGGAACAACUCAAGAUGAUAUACUUUCUCACCUUCGGAAACACGGUCAAGUUGCAAACGGCGCUUAGACCGGGAGGAAUCAUCACAUUCCAAUCAGUCUCAGCCUUGGAUACUGACUCUCCCGAAAAUAGCGGCCAAAUUGAUAUCAGCCUACUUAGUGACGGAGGUGACAAGCUUUUGAAUCUAUCUCUACGGCGAAGAGAGGAUGCCAUUGUUUUCAACAGCCAGGCUAGCAAUGGCCCUUGGGGUCUAGAGGAGACAGUGCCAUUACAAGACUCUUUCACCACCCCCAAUUUCACAAUCACUGUUUGUGAUCACGGUGACAGAUAUCAAAUCCUCUCCGGCUACCGGACCAUACGUUACUCCAACAAGCGGCUGAGCGACAUUGCUUCGAAUGUUGUUUAUGGCGCCAACGAGAAUAAGAAAGUCUCCUCUCUUAUAUUGGCGGUCUGUACUUACGAGAGCAUGGAAGAGCUUCUCUUGAGACAUAAUGCUGUCCAUUCUGCAGUCCGGACUGGCGAUGCAACGGAGGGUAUUCUCGCGGAACACGCAAUGCCCAAUGCUACCUUCAGUCACAGGGUAGGCCUUAUCGCACUACCAGGACGACCAAAGAAGAAGGACCGUUUAGGCUUCGAAUACGCAGAACAUGGCUAUCUGGGAGACGCGAUUGAGAUUAAGCUAGCGGGUGGGAGAACCGAAAAAGCUAAAGAUCACCAAUUCAAACUGCCUAAUGGACUCUACCUGACAUACGGGGAGAUCAACGGCCUUGCGGGUGACUUUUAUGGAACUUAUAACCCAAUUAGCGACGGGAAAACGCAACCAGAACAAUGCACACGGUUCCGCGAUGCAUACAACACGCUUGCGGGCGAGAACUCGCUCCAACCUAAAGAGGCCAAUGACAUCUUGGGGAUCUUACAAAAGGAAGUCGAUGCUGUAAACAAGGCACUUGCUGACCAUGAAGAUCCGUCUGUCGCUUACAGCAAGCUUCCAAACGCAGACGUGGCACUCGAACGGGCUACCUGGAGAAGGAAGGGGCUACCUGGAUACCUAGGGCUCGCACGGAUUAACUGGGAUCAUUUCGGAGGGGACGCCCGCACCGCUUACAACGCUGGCCACGAGGCGGCUCUUGAUGAAGCUGUCCGCGGUAAUUUGGAUACCGCAUAUACUUUAAACGCCUUUGCAGACCAUUUCCUGGAGGAUUCUUUCUCCGCAGGUCACCUUCGAACCCCGCGUCGUGAGUUGCAUUCGAAGUGGAACGUUACGGCAGAUCUCUGCGCCAAGUAUAUGCACGAUGAAGAUUGUGCGAUUGGGCUUGAUGUUCAAAACAUAGGAGGUGAAAAAUGGACACUAUACGGUGAUAAGCGAGGUCUUGACACUGUGAACGAAGAGAGUAAAAGACGCUGCCUCGCCGCAAUUCAAGCCUCCGCGGAUGAAAUAUACGAUGCAUGGAAGACCCAGAUCAAACCAGACAGACAGAAAUACCGAGCGUGGGCCCAUGCACCAACUCUUGAAUCUGCUAACGGGUCUCAAACGCUGGCUGUGCUGUUCACGCCCGGCGACAAAAGACGAGUCAACAUUAAAGACCGGCGUGAUCAUUCGUAUACAACAUCGUGGUGGUUCGCAACUACGGCAGCCCAAUGCGCGAACAGCGGUCGCUGGAAGUAUCCAAUCACUAUGUAAGCUCGCAACUUAUGCGGAGGAUGCGGCUCAGCUGGAUGAUCUGAGAAAUAUUGAGUGUAUUCUCAAGUGUCUGGGGUGAGAUAUAUGGAUAGUUAUGAUUUAGGAUGGACCACAAGUGACUCGCAAGAAGCGUAAAUGUCUGUUUGGAAACAGUGAUAAAAUCUCGGGACAACUCUUAUUAAGCCUAUUCUUAUUACAGUGUGUCACAGUAAUCCAUUAAAUAAUUCAUCUUGGUUCGGUCAUUAUCCUGGGGCGAGUCCUAACAACAGGAGCCAAGCAAACUGGGCGGCCA